AUGCCUGAGAUUCGUCUGCUGCUAGGCUUUGACCGAGGAUCUCUGCUGGGAGUUUGCAAUCAGAACAUCUGCACGCUGCAGAUCACCGACACCACGGGCAGCCACCAGUUCCCCGCCAUGCAGCGUCUCAACAUCAGCAAGGGCCAUGCGUUCGUCCUCAUCUACUCCAUCACGAGCAAGCAAUCGCUCGAGGAACUGCGCCCGAUCCACGACGAAAUCGAACAGAUUAAGAAGGACGCGCUCGACGUCAUACCGGUAAUGCUCGUCGGCAACAAAUGCGACGAGACGGCCCGCGAGGUGUCGGUGCAGGAGGGGGUGGCGCUCGCGAAGGCCUGGUCGUGCGGAUUCGUCGAGACUUCGGCGAAGACGAAUCACAACGUGCGGGAGCUGUUCAGCGAUCUGCUACACUUGGAUAAGCAGCGCAGCAUGAGUCUGCAGUUGGAGACGAAGAAGACGCGGCGGCAACGACGCAAGGAGAUGCUCGAGAAGAAGUGCGAGAUCAUGUGA